GGGAAACAUUGUCGGCAAACAAGAGAGCAACCAGUUGCCGAUAAGGAAAGAAACCACAAGGAAGAGUCGAGUAAAAGAGAAACUACGCUACGACCACUACGAUCACUACGACGACUACGACGACUACGACGACUACGACGACUACGACGACGACGACGACGACGACAACGAAGAAGAGGAAGAAGAGGAAGAAGAGGGGUGAGGAGAAAGAAGGAGGGAGUCGUUUCGUGUGGAGAACUUAGGGGGGGGUCUCGGUUAUGCCACUGGCGUCGCUUCAGGUGGACGCCGGCAAAUGCUGUCAUGCUCCUGCCAUGCCAACCGGCGGCCAAAGAAAGGCCGCUGGUCACGCUGAGUACGAUUGGACGAAAUACGAAGGGAAAGUUUGCCAAUCGACUUGCCGAACGAUUUCUUUUCCUUCUAUUCUUAAUCCUACUUUUCUCAGCGGGCAACGAGAGGAUUCGUGCAAACGCUGCCACACGUUACGCAUCCAGAAUCGUCGAAACGAAAAGUGGACAAAUACGUGGUAUACUUCAGGAAUUUAACAGCAAACACUUGGAUCCAGUCGAAGUGUUUCGUGGGAUUCCAUACGCUGCACCACCAAUCGGAGAUCUAAGAUUUCGUGCACCAAUUUCACCAAUACCUUGGAACGGUGUGAAAUUGGCAGAAACUUAUGGUGCCGUUUGUCCCCAGAAUCAUCCAGACAUCGGCAACGAAACUGCUGCACUAUUGCAAAUGCCCCUUGGCAGAUAUCAGCAAUUGAAGCGUUUACUUGCAUUUUUGACCAAUCAGAGCGAGGACUGUCUCUUUCUGAAUUUGUAUAUACCUGGAAGCGGAUCGCUUGGUUUGGAAGCACCCUAUGCAGUUAUGGUUUAUGUGCACGGUGAAAGUUUCGAAUGGGGUUCAGGCAAUAUAUAUGAUGGAUCUGUAUUGGCUAGUGCCGGUCAUGUCAUAGUCAUUACGCUUAACUAUCGUUUAGGAAUAUUAGGAUUUCUUAGAACUCGUCCUUAUCCAGACAGAACGACAGGAUCAGGUGGAAACUUAGCAUUAAAGGACAUAGCAAUGGCUUUACGUUGGGUUCGUGAAAACAUCGCUGCCUUUGGUGGUGACCCAACAAGAAUCACUUUAAUGGGCCAUGACACUGGUGCUGCCCUCGUCAAUCUUUUACUUCUUGCUCCUUAUGGUAAAGGUCUCUUUCAUCGCGUGGUAUUGUCGAGUGGCUCGGCUUUGAGCCCAUGGGCUUCCGUACACGAUCCGAACGAUCUAAGGAUCAAAGUUGCUGAACAAAUAGGUUGCCCUGUUGAGAACGAUGAAGAUAUUGCUGAUUGUCUUCGAGGAGUAUCGUUGCAAGCUCUGAUGACAGUCGAGCUUCCUGAGAUCAGAUUCGUGCCCCGGAUAGGACCGGGUUUGCCCGUGGACCAAAACAAUCCUGAUCCAGGUCUCGACAUGGAAAGAGCCAGUGAUGCCUUUAUAAAGGUACCCUUGAUCCUAGGAGUAUCCAGUACAGAAUCCAAUCUCGACUUCAACGCGAAUGAUAUUCAGUAUGGCUUCGAGGAGGAUCAUAGAAAUCGGAUCUUACGUACCUUCAUUCGUAAUGCUUACGUUUAUCAUCUGAACGAGAUCUUUUCGGCAGUCAGGAACGAAUAUACAGAUUGGGACAAGCCAGUUCUACAUCCUAUUAUAAUACGUGAUUCAACGAUGGAAGCUCUUAGCGAUGGUCACACAGUGGCACCACUUAUGAGGAUUGCAUUUUAUCAUGCCAGAAGAGGAGCCAAGACUUAUUUUUAUCACUUCGAUUAUCAGACCAAGGACAGCGGUCAUCUCAAGCGUUUGGGUAGUGUACGUGGAGAGGACAUUCCAUAUAUUUUUGGAUUACCAUUGGUAGUAGGUGGUACUUUCUUCCCUCGUAAUUAUUCUCGACAAGAUCAGGGUGUCGCCGAAGCCGUCCUCACGUUUUUCACGAAUUUCGCAAAAACUGGAAACCCCAACGAGCCGCAUAAAAUCGAAUCCGUUGAUUAUGGUACACCUAAAGAGAAAACACGUUUUCGAGGUCUAACGUGGGAACAAUACGAGACUAGUACUCAAAAAUAUUUAACGAUAGCUUUGAAACCUAAGAUGAAGAGUCAUUAUCGUGGUCACAAAAUGGCUGUUUGGCUAAAUCUUAUUCCACAACUUCAUAGACCAGGUGACGAUGACGUUUCUAUGAGACAUCAUCAUUUUCGUGAAAGAGAAGAACACUAUUAUGCAGGUCCUGUUAGAGACGAAUGGUAUACGCCACUUCCUUUAACGGGCACAACAAAAAGUAGUGGAGGUUCUUCGACAACAGCUUGCAGUACGUCAACAGGUGACGAGACAGUAGGCGAAAAUAUAACACCAAUAUUAGAAGAAUCCGAAGAUGAUGCUGAAUUACUUCAAAGAUUAGCCGCCUCUCGUCAUUAUUAUAGUACAACAACCGCAUUAGCUAUCACUGUUGGUGUUGGAUUGAUUCUACUCAUUUUAAACA